UAUCUGUACCUAAUGUUUGACUCUAGAAAAUGGACAACGUAACAUCUGACGUUUCGUAUAAAGUGAAAGAAUGGAACCAUGAGAUAGCACAGAGUUUGAUUCCUAACAACAUCAUAUUGUCUUUGUACAUGGUGGCCGGUGUUUUGGGAAACUCUAUAGUCAUUUUUAUUUACAGCUUCAAAAUGAAAGGCAACAAGGAGGAGAGAUAUUUUAUUCCGUUUCUCGCCAUGGUGGACCUUUGGGCGUCUUUGAUAAAUGCGUCUUUUGCAAUCGCUCAGAAUAUGAUGCAGGCGACUUUCGAUAAUGACCAUUUGUGUAAGACAUGGUGGUUUUUCUCGGCCUUUUCAACUUUAACAUCCGCGCUCUUCCUGCUUAUCAUCGCAGUCCACAGAUAUCUUAAAGUCUGCAAACCUCUCGGGAGACAAAUGACCCGUACAUGGAAAAGAUUUGCGAUGUGUAUGGUAUUAACCAUUGCAUUUACUCUAUCUGUGUCUCUGACCAAUUUUUAUGGAUCCGAUCCCUUUCUGAAUGAGAAAUUGAGUAUCUAUGGACAUCGUUGCAGCAGGCUGGAAUCAGCAAAUAAAACGGAAUCACUCGUUUUUGGAGGUGUGCUUCUUCUUAUCCUCUUAACGAAUAUAAUUUCUCUAGUAUGGUUAUAUUCCAAAAUAGGACUUACUAUUCGUAAACAUUUUAAGUAUACCAAAAUCAUUGUUCACCUCAGAACAGCCAAGAGCUCUGAAGGUGGUGCGUUCAACAGCUUUACGGGACGCGACACUCCUUCCAACGACACUGAAAAUAAAACUGGGGAUACAGGGUCGACAACUGUUCCCCAGUUGACUCCUUCCAACGAUACUGAGAAUAAAACUGGUGAUACAGGGUCGACAACUGUUCCCCAACCAACAUGUCCUAAUACUGAGGUAGUCACACAGACAGACAACAAUGGAGAAAACUUUCGACCCAAGGUAUCGAGUACAAAAACGAGAAAUCAAAAAAGAGUCAUUUAUAAAUUCACUUUGAUGUUUAUGCUUAUUACAGUCAUAUUCUUGAUCUGUUUCAUCCCUAAGGCGAUCGUCAUGUUAAUGGAAGCAAGGGACUUGUCGUUUUGGGAGAAGUUUUCAAAUACAGAGAGAUCUGUAUUAUUAUUUGUUUAUAGAAUUUAUAUUUUGAAUAACAUCAUAAAUCCGUUUAUAUAUGCAUUUCUGGACAGAAGGUUUUCAAAACAAAUCAAAAUGUUACAUACUUGUUGCUAAAUAUGCGUACAUCCCUAGGUAUUGAAACGGUUGAAAGAGUUAUCUUCCCUUGUUUGUAUUUUUAUUAUCAGUAAUUAUUGUAAAUAGUGUUAUUAAAAUGUCAAAUGAUUAAAAGAGUGAUUCAAGUAUUUUUAUUAUAUAAAAACAAAACAACAAAAACAGUUAUUGUAGUUUCUUAUUAGUCAGAUAGACUUAUAAAUCGAGAGAAUAUAUUUGGAUGUCCUUAAACACUUGUGUUAGACAUAAUGCAAUUGGUUUAAGAGCCAGAUGGUGUCGCUAGUUGGGUUGGUUGAUAUUGUAUAGUCUGUACAGAAGAUUUAUACGUAAAGUAAUCCCUAAGUGCGAAUUACUGUGUUGUAGAAUUUCACAGCCGUGAAUUCUGUAAGUAGGAAACUUUGGUUAAUUAAAGUUGAUUUAGUGAGGUUCUUUGAAUGACAAAUUGAUAGGCCAAGUGGCAUAGCCAGAUUGAUUGACCAACUUGCAUUACCAAGUGGCUGAGCGACAAGUUGCCUUGCCAGGCGGCAAGGGCGGUUGACAAACAUAGAAAUAGCCACAAGGCAGUGGCUUAUAUAUAUCUGUAUAUAUUGAGAAACACCACAAGGCAGUGGUUAACCUAUAUCUGUAUAUUUUGAAUUAAAGCUUUUCAUCAUAGAGACACUUGGCAAGUGUCAUUUUACUCUUUGUUUGCAUUCCCUAUAAAACUCGGGUGAACCGGGUACGGACCGAGACGCCUGGUCGAGGCCGCG